CGGGUGACGGGGGCGCACUCGUGCGGGAGCGGCGCUGCGCCGUUUACUUUAGCGCGGUUUUUGGCGCCGUCUGGCGGUGAGCGGGCACAGCUUUUCGGCUGGGAAGAUGGCGGAGAGUGACCUGAAUGUGGACAGCCUCAUCUCUCGGCUCCUGGAAGCGGCUCACGGACACAAACUCCCACUCGGGAGCGCUUCCCGGCCACUCCGUGUAGUGUACUGGGUGUCUGCCCACGCACCGAAGCUGGUUCUGACGACGUUAGCCGCGACCGGGCCGGUAGACCGGGCUAGACCGGACCGAGCUGGUGGAGCCUGUUCGCCAGACAGCACCGCCAGAAGCCGGUUUAAACCCGUCUUCUCCCCGGACGCGGAACAGAGACAUAAACACAGGACACGCACCGCAGCUGCAGUGUUUUACAGCAGUUUUACUGCUGCUCGGGACGAAUGUGAGGGUAAUCGCGUGACUGGGACAGGAGAUCACACUGAAUUAUUGAUCAGCUCUGUGUGCUAUCUCUCUCUCUAUGUUAUUGAUCAUUUCUAUGUGCUCUCUGUGUGUGUGGUAUUGACCAGUUCUGUGUGCUCUCUUUGUGUUAUGGAUCAGCUCUGUGUGUUCUCUGUCUCAGGUGAUAUCCAUGGUCAGUACACAGACCUGCUGCGGCUCUUCGAGUACGGCGGCUUCCCCCCUGAGGCCAACUACCUGUUCCUGGGCGACUAUGUGGACCGGGGCAAGCAGUCCUUAGAGACCAUCUGCCUGCUGCUGGCCUACAAGAUCAAGUACCCUGAGAACUUCUUCCUGCUGCGCGGCAACCACGAGUGCGCCUCCAUCAACCGCAUCUACGGCUUCUAUGACGAGUGCAAGCGCAGGUUCAACAUCAAGCUGUGGAAGACCUUCACAGACUGUUUCAACUGCCUGCCCAUUGCCGCCAUCAUCGAUGAGAAGAUCUUCUGCUGUCAUGGGGGCCUCUCUCCAGACCUGCAGUCCAUGGAGCAGAUCCGACGCAUCAUGAGGCCCACAGACGUCCCGGACACAGGUGUGUGAGGACCAGGCCGGGUAAGAGGCUGUGUGUCUGAGCCAGGACACAGGUGGAGUGUGUCACAACUCCUACCAUCACCAGAGAAGAGCCCCCUCAGCCAGCUGGUCUGGAGGCUCACUGACACCAGCCAGCCUCAGGACAGCCCUGCUACAGCAACACGAAUCAAAAUCAACCACAUCACAACACCACCUCACCCA